AUGUCAUCUGAACAAUCCCCUCUCCUGAAUCCGCCGCCCAAACCAUCUACACCCCUCCUCUCACCCAACCUCGUCAAAUUCCGCAUCGCCAUCGGCCUCAACAGCAAUACCGACCUGGAAGCCGGGAGUCAGCCCUCCAAACCCCACGGCCUCUACAAAGAAGUUCUCCGCCUCCAGAAGCGCCUCUCCCUCCACUACCAUGCCAUCGAAGCCCUCUACUACACCGCACUCCUCGCGCAAAUCCUCAUCGGCGCAACGCUCGUCUCUUUGGGUCCCAUGUCCGGCCUGCAUCCCCGCUCAAUCACCGUCCUAGGCAUAGUGAACACAUCGACAGCUGGUAUACUUGCGUUGCUAAAAGGACAGGGUCUGCCAGAUCGGCUGCGGAAGGAUGAGUAUCAGAUGCAGAAAGUAAAGGACUUUAUUGAGGAGACGGCUGCGAGGCUGGAAUUGGCGGGGGAUGUAGGGGAGGAAGAUGUAGAAAGGUUGGUGGAGCUGAUUUAUGAAAAGUUCAAUGCGGCGAGGGACACGGCGGAGAUAAACAGGCCGAGUACGUAUGCACAUCAGAUUGAGACUGGAGUGGGAGGCGACGGAACGGCUGAUGGGGAGGGGAGUGGCAGGAAUGCUGCGAGAAGGUUAUUGGCUAGGAGCGGGGGCGCGAUGGAUGGAAAUUCUGCUGUUAAGGGUAAGGGCAAAUACGUUAUUGAUUGA